AUGGCUUCGCUCGCAACCACGCCGGGUGGCGCAAAACUCAUCGAUGGCACCGCCCUGGCAAAGCAGGUGCGUGCCCGUGUCGCCGAGCGUAUCGCUGAGCUCAAGCAGCAGCACACAUCCUUCCAGCCUCACCUCUGCAUCAUGCAGGUCGGCGCUAUGAGUGCUUCCACCACCUACAUCAGGAUGAAGAAGCUCGCCGCCGAGGAAUGUGGCAUGCGAUACACUCACGUUCAGCUCCCCGAAGGCUCCAGCGAGGCAGAGAUCAUCAAGCGUGUUGGUGAGCUCAACGAGGACAUCAGCGUGGAUGGCAUCCUCGUUCAGCUGCCCCUGGGUGACCACAUCGACUCGGAUGCCGAGCGACGCGUCACCGAAGCCAUCAGCCCCGAAAAGGAUGUUGAUGGCUUCCACGCCCUCAACAUCGGCCACCUCUCCUCCAAGGCUUGCAACCCGCUCUUCUUCCCUUGCACCCCCGCUGGCUGCAUCAAGCUCCUCGAGAACGCUGGUAUCACCAACAUGGCUGGCCUUCGCGCCGUCGUCAUUGGCCGAAGCGACAUUGUCGGCAACCCUGUUGCCUCCCUCCUCCGCAGCAGGGACUGCACCGUCACCCAGGUUCACAGCAAGACCGUCGACCUUCAGGCCCACCUCUCUCAGGCUGACAUUGUCAUCGCUGCCAUGGGUAAGCCUCACUUCAUUCAGGGCGAAUGGAUCAAGAAGGGCGCUGUCGUUAUCGACGUUGGCACCAACUUUGUCGACGAUGCCACCAAAAAAUCUGGCUACCGCCUUGUCGGUGACGUCGAUUUCGACGCCGCUUCCAAGGUCGCUUCUGCCAUCACCCCUGUUCCUGGUGGAGUCGGUCCCAUGACUGUCGCGAUGCUGAUGGAGAAUGUUCUCAUCAGUGCCGAGCGCAGCCUCGCCGAUGGUCGUGCCCUCGGUAUCGGCCGUGGUGUCGUUCGCCCCAACCCUAUCAAGCCUCUCGCCAAGGUCCCCUCGGAUAUUGAAGUCGCUCGUUCGCAAACGCCCAAGCCCAUCACCCAGGUCGCCCGCGAGAUUGGUCUUAUCUCGACCGAGCUCGAACCGUACGGAUCUGUCAAGGCCAAGGUCGACCUUUCCGUCCUCAAGCGUCUUGCGCACCGCAGGAACGGCAAAUACAUUGUUGUCGCCGGUAUCACUCCCACGCCGCUCGGCGAGGGCAAGUCGACCACCACCAUCGGCCUCGCCCAGGCGCUCGGUGCUCACCUUGGCAAGGCGGCUUUCGCCUGUGUUCGUCAGCCCUCUCAGGGUCCCACUUUCGGUAUCAAGGGUGGUGCUGCUGGUGGAGGAUACUCGCAGGUUAUCCCCAUGGAGGAGUUCAACCUCCACUUGACCGGUGACAACCACGCUGUUCAAGCGGCCAAUAACCUUUUGGCUGCCGCCAUCGACACGAGGAUGUUCCACGAGGCCACCCAGAAGGACGCUGCGCUCUUUGAUCGUCUUUGCCCCAAGAAGAAAGGUGUGCGCACCUUUGCACCCAUCAUGUUCCGAAGGCUCAAGAAGCUCGGUAUCGACAAGACCAACCCCGACGACUUGACCGACGAAGAAAAGUCUCGUUUUGCUCGUCUCGAUAUCGACCCAGAGACCGUCACUUGGAGACGCGUUACCGACACCAAUGACCGAUACCUGCGUGACAUCACCGUUGGUCAGGCUGCUACCGAGAAGGGUAUCACUCGAAGGACUGGUUUCGACAUUGCCGUCGCCUCCGAGUGCAUGGCCGUGCUUGCGCUCAGUCGUGAUCUCAAGGAUAUGCGUGAGCGUCUUGGCCGCAUGGUCAUCGGCACUUCGCGCGCAGGUGACCCCGUCACUGCUGAUGAUAUUGGUGUCGGUGGCGCCCUUGCCAUCCUCAUGAAGGACGCGAUCAAGCCCAACCUUAUGCAGACGCUCGAAGGCACUCCCGUCUUUGUUCACGCCGGACCUUUCGCCAACAUUGCUCACGGUAACUCGUCGAUCCUUGCAGAUGCUAUCGCACUCAAACUUGCCGGUAUCGAGCAAGGCGAGCCGAUCGAACGCACGGGAUACGUCAUCACUGAAGCUGGUUUCGGUGCCGAUAUCGGCAUGGAGAAGUUCUGCAACAUCAAAUGCCGCGAGUCGGGUCUCGUGCCCGAUGCCGCUGUGAUCGUUGCCACCGUUCGAGCGCUCAAGACGCACGGUGGUGGACCCGAGGUUUCCCCUGGUAAGCCUCUGUCCGAGGUCUACUUGGAGGAGAACCUCGAGAUUUUGGAAAAGGGUUGCGUCAACCUUGCCAAGCACAUUGCCAACGCCAAAAAGUUUGGUCUCAAGGUCAUCGUGGCUAUCAACCAAUUUACUACCGAUACACCAGCCGAGCUCGAGCUUGUGCGUCAGAAGGCGCUCGAAGCAGGAGCCGACGAUGCUGUCCCUGCCAACCACUGGGCACUGGGUGGUGAAGGAGCUAUCGAUCUCGCCAAGUCGGUCAUCAACCAGUUGGAGGGUACAGCAUCCCAGUUCAACUUCCUGUAUGAACCCACACUUCCCAUCACGCAGAAAAUCGAAGCCAUCGCCAAGGAAAUGUACGGUGCCGACGGCAUCGAGCUGUCGGAAGCGGCGAACAAGCAGAUCCAGGUGAUCGAGAAGAAUGGCUUCGGUAACCUUUCGAUUUGCAUGGCCAAAACCCACCUUUCGCUUUCGGCCGACCCCACCAAGAAGGGCGCGCCGUCUGGAUUCACGAUCCCUGUCAGGGAGGUGUACGCAAGUGUCGGUGCAGGUUUAUUGGUCGUCAUGUGCGGUGCAAUGAGCAAGAUGCCUGGUCUCAACACUAGACCAGGCUACUACGACAUGGACUUGACCGAGGACGGUGAGGUCAUCGGCUUGUCGUAG